AUGUCGUCUAGUCCUGAUAUACAGCCGCCUCCAGGCGUGGUGGAACUACGAGAAGACAUCCCCUUAAAGCCGAGCAGUAGAUCUCUGGCAGGGUCUCGCCUGUGCGGCGGAGGCCCGCGGGUCAUCAUAGGCGCCUUCGCAGUGCUGACCGUCGCCAUCACCAUCGCACUCCUCACGCAGAUAUACUACGGCGACUACGAGGUGGUGCCACACGGCUCGGUGUCAUCGUCGGCGGCGGCGUGCUCGCGUGCGGGCACGGCCGUGCUGCGGGCGGGCGGCGCCGCGCCCGACGCCGCCGCCGCCGCCGCGCUCUGCCUGGCCGUGCUCGCGCCGCACCGCACCUCGUUAGACGCGAGCGGAUCCCUAGUCCACUGGGAGUACAGACAGUCCCGCACCAUGUUGCCUACUACUGCGGUGUGGGGUGCCGAUGGGACCGUGGGUUUAAGCGUGGGCGGCAACAGCUCGGUCACGCGCCCACCAAGACUGGUCGCGGCACUGGCGGCUCUGCACGCGCGGCUAGGGUUGUUGCCUUGGGAGCAAGUGCUGCAACCCGCUAUUGAUCUCGCUAGGACAGGCUACGUAGUAUCAGCGAGCCUGUCGGCGGCGGCGGCGGCGCGCGGCCUGCCGGGAUACACCCCCACCGCACUGCGCACUGAGCCCGCACUCGCCGACUACUUGGAGUCUCUAAAGAAUUAUACCAGCUCGGAGCUGUGCGCGCUGUGGUCGUGCGCGGGCGCCGUGCGGUGGGAGGCGGCGGCGGCGGGCGCGGCGGCGGGCGCGUGGCGCGUGUGGGCGGCGGGCGCGGGCGGCGCGCUCGCGACCGCCGCGCUGCGCGCCGCCCUUGCGCCCGGCUCGACUCCCGCUAGCGCUUUACAAACUGCGGUGCAGAGCUUGCAGACGCAGGCGCAGGCGGCGGGCGCGCGGUGGCCGCGCGGCGUGGCGGCCGGCCUCGCCGUCGUCGACCCGCGGGACACCUACGUCGCACUCGUUACAGGUCUAUCGACGCCGUUCGGGUCGGACCUCAGCGAUGGGCCCGAGGCGUGGUCGCGCGACGAGCCCGCCGCGCCGCUCGAUUUAGCUCCAGCUAUCAUUACUGAUCAACAUAUCUGUGGCACCAGAUACGUGGUGGGCGGCGAGUCCGGCAUCGCGCUGGCGCAGGCCGCGGCCGUCGCGCUGUCGGGCGCGGUCGCGGGCGCCGCGGACGCGGUGGAGGCCGCGCGCGUGCUCGUGCUGCCCGGGGGCUCCCUGGCCGCGGAGCCGGGCCGCGCUCCGGGGCUCCCGCCCCCGGGCCCCCCGCCUGCGGGCCCCCCGCCGCCGGGCCCCCCGGGCCUGCCCGCCGCCAACGACACGGUACUCCCCGCCGUCAACUUCGUGCAACAGAAGGGCGACGCGUUGCUGUCGCACGCGGACAGCCGCGGCGAAGGACUCGCUUCACGGUUC